AUGGUUGGUGAACGUGGAGCUUUAUUGUCGGGCGGUCAAAAACAACGUAUCGCGAUUGCUCGUGCUAUUAUUAAAGAUCCAAAGAUUUUGUUACUCGAUGAAGCUACUAGUGCUCUUGAUACACAAAGUGAGGGUAUCGUUCAAAAUGCAUUGAAUAAAGCCUCAAAGAACCGCACAACGAUAAUUAUUGCCCAUCGUUUGUCCACCAUUCGUAAUGCGACAAAGAUUAUUGUGAUGAAUAAAGGCGUUAUUGUGGAAUCGGGUACACACAAAGAGCUUAUGUACAAAAAAGGUUUCUAUUCUAAACUUGUUGAAAUUCAACAGAUUCAACGGUCUUUAGAAGUUGAAGAAAACCUUAAUAAAUUGAAUUCAUUUAUAACUUCGCUGAAAGAUGAUGUUACUGAAUCAUUCAUUAUCAAGGAUGAAGAUCACAAGUAUUUGUUGUCUUCUCAUUUGAAUCAAAAAUCUGAUAUUGAAAUGGGAUUAGAACAUGAUUAUCAUUUUACUGCUUGGGAAUUGAUCAAAAAAGUAGCGUCCAUCAAUAAACAUGAAUUUUCUAUGCUUUCCAUAGGUGUAAUGGCAUCAAUAAUUUGUGGUUGCGUUUACAUAGUUUCUGCUGUUAUCCUUGCUAAUAUGAUCCAAACAUUCUCAGAAACUGGAAAUACUUUACGUCGUGAUGCUACUUUCUGGUCUCUUAUGUUUCUUGGACUUGCUGUGAUAAACUUUUUUGCGUAUUUUUUCCAAAAUGUUGCACUUGGAUUUUCGAGUGAAAAGCUUACCGAACGGAUCCGAUCUAUGUCUUUUUCUUCUAUUUUACGACAAGAUAUUUCCUUUUUUGAUGAUGAGAAUCAUGGUGUGGGUGUUUUGACUAGUCACUUAUCAUUAGAUAUAACUCAUAUUAAUGGUUUAGCUGGUUUUAGACUUGGAAAUAUAAUACAAGUACUGGCUUUGAUAUUUGUUUCCGUAAUAGUGGCUUUUAUAGCUGGUUGGAAGUUCACUUUGGUUUGUUUAUGUUGUGCACCUUUUAUGAUUGGUGCUGGCUUAUUACAUAUAAAAAUGAUAAGUGGUUUUCAUCAAAAAUCUAAGAAAGCUUAUGAAUAUUCUGCCCAAGUAGUUUGUGAAGGUGUUGAUAAUAUUCGAACGGUUGCUGCUUUUACUCGUGAGGAUGAUUUAUGGAGAAUAUAUCAUAAUUUACUAGAUGAACCCAUGCGCCAAGGUGUUAAAAAUGCUUUAUUAGGCUCCAUUACCUUUGCUUUCUCAAACAGUAUGUACUUUUUAGUAGAUGCUUUAACAUUUUGGUAUGGUAGUAAAUUGUUUAUGGACGAUGAAUAUGAUCUUUUAAAAACGUUUACGGUUCAUAACACCAUUAUAAUGGGAUCAUCAUUUGCUGGUCGUCUCCUUGCUUAUGCUCCAGAUAUGGCCAAAGCGAAAUCUGCAUCUGCCACCAUAAUAUCAUUAUUAGGACGUGUUCCUAUAACUGAUACAUGGUGUCAAAAUGGUGAAAAGUUUAAAACUGUCCAAGGUCACCUUAAAUUCUCUGAUGUCCAUUUUCAUUAUCCGAUUCGAUCUAGUGUUCCAGUUCUUCGAGGUUUAAAUUUAGAUGUCAAACCUGGUCAAUAUGCAGCAUUAGUUGGUCCAUCAGGAUGUGGUAAAAGUACUAUAAUAAGUCUUAUUGAAAGGUUUUAUGAAGUGACGAGUGGUGAAAUUACAAUUGAUGGAUUAAAUAUUGCUAAAAUGAAUGUGAACAAUCUUCGAGAGCACAUUGCUCUUGUAAGUCAAGAACCAUCAUUGUACGAUAUGACUAUAAAGGACAAUCUUUUUCUCGGUUGUCGACCUGGACAAAAUAUUACUCAAAAUGAUAUAGAAAAGGCAUGUCGGGAAGCAAAUAUUCAUGAAUUUAUUGUUAGAUUACCUAAAGGUUAUGAUACAUAUGUUGGUAAACGAGGAAUACAACUUUCUGGCGGUCAAAAACAACGAAUUGCUAUUGCCAGAGCACUUAUUCGAGACCCAAAAAUUUUAUUACUUGAUGAAGCAACAUCAGCUUUGGACUCAGAAUCAGAAAAGGUUGUACAAGAAGCUCUUGAUGUUGCUGCUCGUGGGAGAACAACCUUAGCAAUUGCACAUAGAUUGUCAACAAUUCAGCAUGCUGAUGUUAUAUUUGUUAUAAAAGAUGGUAAAGUUCAUGAACAAGGCACGCAUAAAGAACUAUUAAAACUGCAGGGAAUUUAUUGUAUGAUGGUUCAAGAACAACACUUGGGAGAAUUGAAUUGA